AUGGGCAGUGGAGCCAGUUCUGAGAGCAAGGAGUCAGCCAGGAGAUCCAGGGAACUGGAAAAGAAACUCCAGGAAGAUGCAAAGAGGGAAGCCAGGACAGUCAAACUACUGCUGUUGGGUGCUGGAGAGUCAGGAAAGAGCACUAUUGUAAAGCAAAUGAAGAUCAUCCAUAAAGAUGGUUUCACCUACCAGGAACGCAUGGAGUUCAGACCUGUCAUUUACAGUAACGCAGUGCAGUCUAUCCUGUCUAUCGUGAAAGCAAUGACUAAGUUAGGAAUCAGUUACGAAAACCCAGCUAGAAUUGAAGAUGAAAGGAAGCUGUGUGCCAUGGCAACAACUCUGGAGGAUGGCGACAUGUCUUCUGAAUUGGUUGAACUCAUCAAACAACUGUGGAGGGACAGCGGGACCCAGGCCUGCUUCGCAAGGGCAGCGGAGUACCAGCUCAAUGACUCGGCAGCCUAUUACCUCAACGAUUUGGACAGGUUAGCAAUGCCAGACUAUGUGCCUAGUGAGCAAGAUGUUUUGCACUCCCGAGUGAAAACAACUGGGAUUAUAGAGACUCAGUUUUCUUUCAAGGAUUUGAACUUCAGGAUGUUUGAUGUGGGUGGACAGCGAUCAGAGAGAAAAAAGUGGAUUCAUUGCUUUGAGGGAGUUACUUGCAUCAUAUUCUGUGCUGCACUCAGUGCCUAUGACAUGGUUCUGGUGGAAGAUAAAGAAGUGAACAGAAUGCAUGAAAGUCUUCAGCUGUUCAACAGCAUCUGCAACCACAAGUGCUUUGCAGCCACUUCCAUUGUGCUGUUUCUAAAUAAAAAAGACCUCUUUCAAGAGAAAAUAACAAAAGUUCAUCUGAAUAUCUGCUUUCCUGAGUAUAAUGGACUAAAUACCUUUGAAGAUGCUGGAAAUUACAUCAAGAAACAAUUCCUAGACUUGAACAUAAGGAAAGAAGAUAAAGAGAUAUAUUCUCACUUGACAUGUGCCACAGACACCCAGAAUGUCAAGUUUGUAUUUGAUGCAGUCACAGACAUAAUAAUCAAAGAAAAUCUGAAAGACUGUGGGCUUUUCUAGCUCUUCAUUCCCUUGCUCAUAGCCUGACUUCACCUCAGUCCACUUUCCUCUCUUCAUCCUGCAUACUGACUGAAAUAAAAAACUCUAGGGAAGACACAAUAUCAAUUAGGCUUCCGUUAGCUGUCACUUGAAGCCUUGGGUAUAGCCUGAGCAUUGCAGACCAACACUGACUUUCUGUAUGUCACAAGAAGAUUGAAAAAAAUGUUCCUGCUCCACAGAAAUGCCAGCUGCUGAUAAAUCCUACUGGAAUCAAAGAGAAAUUACUAUUUUAAUCAAUACGAUUUGAAGGUAAUCAGCACUUCUCAGGAAACUGGGGAUACUUCAGUAUCCUGUGUUUUC